CAAGUACUGGACUUAUAACAUCUUCCAGGAAAGUUCAAUCUUUUUUCAACUUUAAUAACGUAACUGAUAACCUCGUAUAGUAUUCCUAUAAAUUAUUUUUACUUUUGCUAGAUUUCGAUAAUGGCAGCUGCUGCUGUGCAAACAAUACCAGGGCCGGAACGGCACGUAGACGGCCUAGCCGUGCCCUCUGGCAUUGGAGCGAAUCAGGGAGUUAUCAAGAAUGAACAUAUCCAAAGGCUCCGUCCCACUCCAAAGGAUACUCCCAUAUCUGAGAUUCGAAGGAGGCUGAAGGAGGACGGAUAUAUAUUUAUGAAAGGCCUGAUACCACGCGAAGACGUCUUAAACGUUCGAAAACACUACUUCCAGAACUGGGCCGACACCGCGCUCCUCGAGCCCGGAACCUCUCCGCAGGAAGGCAUCUUCAACUCCUCCGAGAACCCGCUCCACCACGGCGGCAUCGGCGCCGGCGACCUGCCACUCAGCGAGAAGGAGGUCGAGACGCUGAUUAGUUCCCACCAUCUCGACAACUACUUGCACUUUCUUGACAACCCGGCCCUGCGCCAGAUGGUACGGGAUAUCAUGGACUGGAAGAAGGAACUCCUCCUCCGACGCACAAUGUUGCGCCAUAACCCCCCCGGUGGGGUCAGCACAGGCAUCCACUACGAUAAGCUGUUCAUGAGAGACGGGGAUGCGUUUUUUCUCACCGCUUGGGUGCCUCUAGGCGACAUUGCCGCGAACGGCGGCGGGCUGAUCUACCUCUCCGACUCCGUCCCGCUCGGGCGCGCCAUCGAAGACGACUUCACCCGUCGCGCAGCCAACUUCACUAGGGCUGAGCGUAUCAACGCGUACAACAUCCACAUGCACAAAUUCGGGAUCCUGUCCAACGACGGCGAGGAGUUCCUGGGGCGCGAGGCGGGCGGGAGGGGGAAGUGGCUGGUGGGCGAUUAUGAGGCGGGCGAUGUGGUGUUUCAUGAUCCGUUUAUGGUGCAUGCGAGUGGGAAGAAUAAUGAUGCUGGGGGGAGGAUUAGGCUGAGUACGGAUUUGAGGUUUUAUGAGGAGGGGUGUGAGGAUAUGGAUGAGCGGUGGAUGGAGUAUUGGAGGCCUGGGGAUGGGCUUUGAGGUGGUUUGGUGUGCUCUGGGUGGGCACAGCGGGAUUGUUGGAAUCGGUGGUUUGGUUUCUAAACUGUGUAAUCGAUGGUGUCAAUGGUUCUCUUGGCUAAGAAACCUGGUGGUUAUAGUAGCCUCCGAAAUUGAGUCGUCAUUUUUAUCACUUGUUUUUGGGACGAACGGGUCGCACUUCUCGAAGUAGUCAUCUAAAUAUAUUCAACCAUAC